AUGGUCGGCGUUGAAAUCUACAUCUUUGAUGCUGACAGUGGUGCGGGUGAUGGUGAAAGUGAUGGCGAUGGUGAUGAUGGUGGUGGCGCUGGUAGUGAUGGCGGUGGUGGCGGUAGCGGUAGUGAUGGUCAUGAUGGUGGUGCCGGUAGUAGUGCUGGUGGUGGUAGUGGUGGUGAUGGUGAUGACGGUGGUGAUGAUGGUAGUGAUGGUGGUGGUGAUUGUGUUAGUGAUGGUGGUGGCAGUGGUCGUGAUGAUGGUGGUAGCGGUAGUGGUGGUCAUGAUGGUGAUGAUGGUGGCGCUGCUGGUAUUGGUGAAGGCGAUAGAGUUGGUUGUUGUUGUGGUGACGGUGAUGAUGAGGUUGCUGGUGAUAGUGAUGGUGGUGGUAGUGGUGGUGAUGGUGAUGAUGGUGGUGGUGGUGGUAGUGAUGGCGAUCGUAGUGGUGGUGAUUGUGGUGUUGAUGGUGAUGAUGGUGGUGCUGGCGGUAGUGAUGGUGGUGGUACUGGUGGUAAUGGUGAUGGCGUUGCGGGUGGUAGUGAUGGUGGUGGUAGAAGUCGUGAUGGUGAUGAUGGUGGUGCUGCAGAUAGUGAUGGUAGUAGUUGUGGGAGUGACGUUGAUAGUGGUGGUUCUCGUGAUGGUGACAGUGGUGGCAGCGGUGCUGAUGGUGAUGAUGGUUGUGCUGGGAGUUGUGAUGAAAGUAGUAAUGGUGGUGAUGGUGAUGAUGAAGGUGCUGGUGGUAGUGAUGGUGGUGGUAGUGUUGGUGGUGGUGGUGAUGAUGGUGGUGUGGUGGUGCUCGUGAUGAUGGUGAUGCUGGUCCAUGGUGGUGGUAGUUGUUGUGAAGGUGAGGGUGGUGGGGCCGGUGGUAGAGGUGGUGAAUGUGGAGAUGUUCGUGGUGACGGUGAUGAUGGUAGUGCUCGUGUUAGUGAUGGUUGUGGUAGUGGUGGUGACGGUGAUGGUGGUGGUGCGGGUGGUAGUAAUAGUAGUGGUGAUGGUGAUGAUGGUGGUGAUGUUGGUAGUGAUGGUGGUGGUGAUGGACAUGAUGGUGUUGCCGGUGGUAGAGAUGGCGGUGGUAGUGAUGGUGAUGGUGAUGACGGUGGGGCUGAUGAUAGUGAUGGUGGUGGUAGUGGUGGUGAUUGUGGCAGUGAUGGUGGUGGCAGUGGUGGUGAUGGUGGUGCUUCUGGUGUUGAUGGUGAUGAUGGUGGUGCUGGUGGUAGUGAUAGUAGGGGUAGUGGUGGUGAUGGUGUUGAUGGUGUUGCGGGUAGUAGUGCUGGUGGUGGUAGUGGUGGUGAUGGUGAUGACGGUGGUGAUGAUGGUAGUGCGGGUGGUAGUAAUAGUAGUGGUGAUGGUGAUGAUGGUAGUGAUGUUGGUAGUGAUGGUGGUGGUAGUGGUGGUGAAGGUGAUAAUUGUGGUGCGGGUGGUAGUGAUGGUGGUGAUGAUUGUGUUAGUGAUGGUGGUGGCAGUGGUCGUGAUGAUGGUGGUAGUGGUGGAGAUGGUGAUGAUGGUGUUGCGGAUGGUAUUGAUGGUGGUGGUAGUGCUGGUGAUGGUGAUGAUGGUGGCGCCGAAGAUAAUGAUGGUGGUAGUAGUGGGAGUGAUGUUGAUGGUGGUGGUGCUGGUGGUAGUGAUAGUGGUGCCAGCGGUGGGGAUGGCGAUGAUGGUUGUGCUGAUAGUAGUGAUGGUGGUGGUAGUGGCGGUGAUGGUGAUGAUGGUGGUGCUGGUGGUAGUGAUUGUGGUGGUAGUGGUGAAGAUCGUGAUGAUGGUGAUGCUAGCGGGAGUGCUGUUGGUGGUAGUGGUGGUGAUGGUGAUGUUGGUGGUGCCGGUGAAAGUGAUGGUGAUGAUGGUGGUGAUGCUGGUAUGGCUGGUGUUGUUAUUGGUGGUGCUGAUGAUGAUGGUCGUGCUUGUUUUCAGUAG